GAUUCAUUUCUUCUUCAUUCAAAAUAAAGUUGGACGUGUUCGUUUGGCCAAAUGGUAUGAUGCUUAUUCUGAAAGUGAAAAGGUUAAAUUAACAUCAGAUAUUCAUCGUAUUCUUGUCACUCGUGAUUCAAGACAUACUAAUUUUCUUGAAUUCCACAAUUUAAAAUUAGUAUAUCGUAGAUAUGUAGGAUUAUAUUUCAUUUGUGGUGUUGAUGAAACUGAUAAUGAACUUGCUUGCCUUGAAGCAAUUCAUAUGUUUGUUGAAAUUUUGGAUAGUUAUUUCGGUAGUGUUUGUGAAUUGGAUCUUAUUUAUUAUUUCCACAAAGUCUACCAAGUUAUUGAUGAAGUAUUCCUUGCUGGAGAAGUAAUGGAACAUCGUAAACAAGUUGUUCUUGGACAAUUACGAGCUAUUGAUCAGUUAGCUAGUCAAUCCCAAUAA